GUUCACUGUCGCGAGAUAGAAAAUCCGAACGCAUUUUCACACGCGUUCUCGCCGGCACGAACGACAUAUAUAUAUUUUUGUAAACACGGUCGGACUUCACUCGAGUCGCAGAGACCUCAUCCUACAGAGGAAAGCUUUCGGGAUAUUUUGUUGCCACAAUUUUUUAGGCUCGUCGCCGUUGUGUUUUGUUUCCAUUUUGACGACGACGACGGAAAAUGUCGAAUUUUAACGAUGUGAACCGCAGUCCGCGUAGUCGUCCCGAAAUGUUCUGUUCGUUGAUGGCGGUCGCGGCGAUCGUCGUGCUCGUCCAUCAGCCCGCCGCCGUGUACUGCGCCGACGGCGGAACUUAUCCUAUUCAGCAACAGCAAAAGCAACCACAACCGCAGUCGAACAUGUUCACAGCUCCAUCGGGUUACUACAUAUCCACGUACGAUAACGUAGACGUGGGCAGGUUGCUGCGGAACAAAAUGUUUGUGUCGGGCUUCAUCAAGUGUUUCGUCAACGAGGGACGUUGCUCGCCGGAAGGCCAACAAGUAAAAGUGUACCUGUUGCCCGAGAUCAUACGUACCGUGUGCGGAAAGUGCACGCCUAGGCAAAAGGACAUGGCGCGGUUAGUGCUGAGACACAUUUACACGUACAGGCGAGAUGAUUUCGAGAAGAUCAUGCAGAUUUACGACACGGAUGGCAAGAAAAGCGAAAUCAUCGAAUUCAUGAACGAACAUUAGUUUACCUACCUAGUAUAUCAUUCAUUCGGCAGCUAUAAAAUUUCGUAAAACAUUAAGUUCCAUCGUAAUAUGCAUGAAUAGCGGUCACCAUAUCGCCAUCAUAAUCAACCACAUCGCUUCCACGCACGACUACGUCUGCAGGGCGUGGAGAGACUAUAGCUGCUGAUGGAUUAUAAUAUUAUAUUAAUCAUUUUUAUCAAUACAUAAUAACUGCCACUGCCGAUUUUGAACCGAAGAAUAAUGAAGCGGUUACCUAGACUUGCAAUGCUUUGUUUUUAAAUCUCCCCCGUGCACCAUAAAUCAUUAUUAUUAAUCAGGACACAAGCUUCAUAUUAUAUUAUAU